GAGGUGAAGUGUGGUCGAGGAGAGGUCCAGAAAGCUGACGGUACCUGCGGUCGUCCUAUCGUGACACGGAACCUCUUCCUGUACAACGCACCCAAGCACGAGCAGACGUACGCCCCUCCCCCACACAUCCCGGACCCGAAGGUGCACUACAAUUUCGUGUUCGUUCGAACCCCUGAGCAGGAUGGGGGCAUCGACCCCAUCGUUGUGCCGCCCCCUCAGCAGAAAACGCUCGUCUAUGUCCUUAGUGAAAGACCUGACCAGCAGCAGCAGGAGGUGAUCGAAGUGCCCUCAACGCCCACCAAACCUGAGGUCUUCUACGUCGCCUACGGACCUGGCGAGAACCCACAGCUGCCUGGAGGCGUGGACCUCCAGACCGCCCUCAGCCAGUCCGCGUCUCAGGGACAAGUUAUUGGUGGAGGUGGUGGAGGUGGUGGUGGAUAUGGCGGUGGUGCUAUUGGUGGAGGUGGCGGUGGAGGCGGUGGUGGAUAUGGCGGUGGAGCUAUUGGCGGCGGUGGUGGUGGAGGACUUGGAGGUGGUUACAGUCCUCCAGAACCCAGUGGUGGAUACAGCAGCCCUCCAGUCCCCAGUUCAGGCUACGCAUAGACCCACAGGCACCUGAUAAAUCAACCUGUUAUAAAUGCUUGAAAUUGUCCUCAGUGACCCAGGAAAAGUCAUUAUUCAAUUGUUAAGAUGAUGUUUCUUCUAUCGAUCUAAUGUAACUUGUUCAUAUAAUAUACUGAAAACCAUA